CCCACGGGUGCCCUCAGAUUCAUACCCUACGCCCACCCAGGGACUCCCAAGCUGAGCUGCCCAUCAGGGUGGAGAACAGACCCCAGUGCCCAAUGGGUGGGGACCCUGGAGCAGGGGCAAGCUGUGGCCCUGCCAUCCGCAGGUUGCUGGAAGAGGAUCAGCAAGCCCAGCUGGCCCGGGAGGUGGAGGCACUACGCCAAGAACACCGGAAGGAGAUGCAUACCAUGGUGGCCAACUUCAGCAGUGCCCAGGCCAGGCUGCAGUCCCAGCUGGCUGCCCUGGAGACUGAACUCAAGGAUUCCGGAGAGAAGCUGGGGAAGGGCGCCUCCAGGCCCGAGGACCUUCAGCUCAUAGGCCGCCUGCAGAGCCGCCUGAAGGAGAGAGAGGACAUCAUCAAGCAGCUCAUGGAGGAGAGACGGCUCCACUACGCAGCGUUCCCUAGCACCAUGUCCCACCGGAAUCGGUCCUUCUCCUUCCAUCCUCAUCCGGGGUAUUUGACCCCUUCUGUGAAGAAGAAGAAGAUGGAGGAGGUGCCCAGCCGCGUGGUCAGCGUGCCAAACCUUGCCUCCUACGCAAAGAACUUUCUGAGUGGCGAUUUGAGCUCCAGGAUCAACGCCCCUCCAAUAACCAAGUCACCCAGCCUGGACCCGAACCCUGGCUGUGGCCGGCCUUACAAACCCACCCAGUCUCUAGAUGCUAAAACUGCCUCAAGGACACAGGAAGGUGAAACAGCCCAGCCCAAAGAAGCCCAGCAGAAACAAGGCUCUGUCCACCAGGAAUGGUUUACCAAGUACUUUUCUUUCUAAAUGGAUCCUUGGGAUACAUCACAAAGAGGACAUUUGAAACACGUUUCUUUCUUUUAAAAAGGACAUUUGACUGAGGAAAUGAAUUGAAAAACCACCCAACCAAAUAACUUGCUUGUAACAUCAUUUAUAUAUGAAUGGCAGCUGAAACAAAAAUUGGCAUUCACAUUUCAUACUGUUUCAUUGUGGCACCAGGUCAUUUAAAAAAACAAAAUUCCUUGGCAUUAAGAUAUAGCAAGCCAGCGUUAUCAACAAGCACCCGUAAAAAAAUAUUACUAAUGACCUAUGUGUUGUAUUUCUAGUGUCCAUGAAACCAUAGUCUGUUUUGCAGCUGAUCGGAUUUGUGAUUUCCAUGGUGUACUUUUAAAAGCGCUCUCAUUUUUCCUAAGGCUGCUAGUCACCACUGCCACUUGUAAAGUUAUUCCAGUGUAAAAUGACACAAUUAAAAAGAUGCACAUCCAACCUCAGUAGGAAGAGGAAUAAAACAAAGUGUAAAAUAACCAGGAAAGCCAAUGCAGAACUACUUGGCAUGGACUGCAAGAGACCCUUGGCACGCUUAGAUGGAGCAGCGUGACUCUAGGGUCCACCACAGGUAGUAGAUUACACAUGGGCUAACGCCUACCUCGGAAACCCUGGUGGCGUAGUGGUUAAGUACUACGGCUGCUAACCAAAAGGUCGGCAGUUCAAAUCCACCUGGCGCUCCUUGGAAACUCAACAGGGCAGUUCUACUCUGACCUGUGGGGUCGCUAUGAGUUGGAAUCAACUCGACAGCAGUGGGUUUGGUUUGGUAACACCUACCUCAUGCGAGCUUUGUGAGGAUUCAGCAGAUAUGUGUUAAAGGGUCCUAUCAUGAGUUGGAAUUAAGCCCCACAAGGAUUUUUCUGUGAAUAACCAAGUUCGCCUACCGUACGUCUCAAUUUCAGUGAGUGUAACAACUUGGGAAUUUGUGUGAACGUUUCUACUGUCUGCUCUUUGAAGUGAAGGGUCUGCUGAAUGCCUGGUCUUUGGGUUUGGGCCAUUUGCCUCAUGGUGUUUUGCCCACCCCCGUUGCAUGGACUCCGGGUAGAUUAAGGGAACUGGCAUGGCCCCUCCCAGUGCCGACCGUGCCCUCAGUGCACACUGAAUUCUCUUACCCUCUGACAGAGCGUAAACAUCUGACGAGACUCAGUACAACUCUCAGUGGGCAAAAUAAUUCUCCAUCUUUUGGUGCUGGCCCAGCAGGUGGCCCAUAAAACAGAUGAUUCUUCUGUGCACUGUCCAAUCUUUGCUCCUCAAAUAAAACUUUAAACAACUGCAUAAUACAAAUGUUUGUCACUUGUCUUGCUUUUCCAUAGGAAAGUGCAGUUAGAUGAAGACAAGAGUUUGGGAAUAGGAAGUUCACAUUAAUCUCAUUCAGGUAAUCUUCAAAUAAGAAGUACCUGUUUAUACACUAGAG